GCUGUCAGUCAGUGAGGUGUCUGCGUGUCUAAUGGAACAGUGGUCACAGGUUGGACUAAAACGGACAUAUCAGUUAACGAUUAAUUGUGUUUCUUAGAUAGAUAUACAUAAAGAACCACCACUGUGCCGUAAAAGUUGUACCUCGUCUCAUCAUUCAAUUCCAUUUUUGGAUUCAGAUCUUCCUUCUGUCUGUGUCUGGAGUGAAGAGGGUGAAGUUGGUUGCUCGCCUAGUCUACUCUGCAUUGCAGCCGAGUGGUGCUGCUGCUGCUGCUGUAGGAAUUCAAACACAACAAUGGCGACUCCCAGUCCUAACACUAACACCAACUCAACAACACCAACCAGCCACAACAGCAAUACCGCAGGAUCGACAGCAACGUCACAUCACCACCAAACCCAGUCGCAACACAUAACCACAAUGAGCAGCAUGCAAGAAUCCAACACGUGCUGGAGGUGCCAGAGUGAAACAGGUAAACGUAAAGCGCUGAAGUUAAACUUCGCCAACCCUCCGAUCAAGUCCACGACCAGAUUCACCCUGAAUACAGCCGGACCCCCCUUCCAGAACCCUCACAUAGAGCGUCUGCGGACCCACAGCAUCGAGUCGUCAGGGAAGCUGAAGAUCUCGGCGGAGCAGCACUGCGACUUUACGGCCGAGGACCUGAAGGACCUGGGGGAGAUCGGCCGCGGGGCCUACGGCUCCGUCAACAAGAUGGUUCACAAGCCCAGCAACCAGAUCAUGGCUGUCAAGAGGAUCCGCUCCACGGUGGAUGAGAAGGAGCAGAAGCAGCUGCUGAUGGACCUGGACGUGGUGAUGAGGAGCAGCGACUGUCCCUACAUCGUCCAGUUCUACGGAGCUCUCUUUAGAGAGGGCGACUGCUGGAUCUGUAUGGAACUAAUGUCUACCUCCUUCGAUAAAUUCUACAAAUAUGUAUAUUGUGAAUUAGACGACGUGAUUCCAGAGGAAAUAUUAGGCAAAAUAACAUCAGCUACUGUGAAAGCACUAAACCACUUAAAAGAGAACUUGAAAAUCAUCCACAGAGACAUCAAGCCCUCUAACAUCCUCCUGGACAGGAAUGGUAACAUCAAGCUGUGUGACUUCGGUAUCAGUGGACAGCUGGUGGAUUCCAUCGCUAAGACCAGAGACGCCGGCUGUAGGCCUUACAUGGCUCCUGAGAGGAUAGACCCCAGCGCCUCACGACAAGGCUACGACGUCCGAUCUGAUGUCUGGAGUCUGGGAAUCACACUGUAUGAGCUGGCCACAGGCCGGUUCCCCUAUCCCAAGUGGAACAGUGUGUUUGACCAGCUGACCCAGGUGGUGAAGGGAGAACCUCCCCAGCUCUGCAGCUCUGAGGAUAGGCAGUUCUCCCUCAAGUUCAUCAGCUUUGUCAACCUGUGCCUUACCAAGGACGAGUCCAAGAGGCCGAAAUACAAAGAGCUGCUGAAACAUUCGUUCAUCUUGAUGUUUGAGGAGCGGUCUGUGGAUGUGGCGAUCUACGUGUGCAGGAUCCUGGAUCAGAUGCCCACCUCGCCUAGCUCCCCCAUGUACGUGGACUGAACCGCCACAACGACAAACAUAAAAACAAACUGGUGUAAAGAUUUGCUUCUUCCCAUUACGGCAGUGUUAAAGAGAGGAAACGCCUACGACUCCAUGUGCAAUGAGACUGAUGUUCAUCUCAGUCAUGUCUGUGUUCAAUCUAUAUUCUCAAACACACACACACACACGCACUCAUGUAAGUUUAAGUAACUGAAUGAAUAUUCCAGGGUAUUGUGCUAUCGUCAUGCUAUGGAAGGCCUCAUCUCUACAAUAUGGAAACGGUUACAGUGAUUUCAAAUCUGGAAUGAUGUAUUUAUAGAGUAAAUCACAUAUGGAUUAUAUGAUUGAAAAGACUGUUAUGAUCGA